ACUGUUCUAGUGGGACCGAUCACUAUUAUUGUUUUUCUUCUAACUUGUUCUCUCCACUUUGCCCAAGUCGCCUUCCGUUUUCCCAAGAUUCUCCUCUCCAUUUCUGACUGCUCCCCCACUCCUAUUUUCUCCCGUUUGCUUCAACCGGAUCCCACCAACACCGACAGACAGAAACCUCAAUAGUGAACCAUCCAUGACGCUUGGCUCAGGAGGAUCCAGUGUCGUGGUCCCUCGGAACUUCAGAUUGCUUGAGGAACUUGAACGUGGAGAAAAAGGUAUCGGGGAUGGCACAGUAAGCUAUGGAAUGGAUGACGGAGAUGACAUAUACAUGCGCUCUUGGACUGGCACUAUAAUCGGUCCUCACAAUACUGUACAUGAAGGUCGAAUUUAUCAGUUGAAGCCCUUCUGUGAUAAAGAUUACCCGGAGAAGCCACCAAGUGUUCGCUUUCAUUCUCGGAUCAAUAUGACUUGUGUUAACCAUGAAACUGGAGUGGUGGAACCAAAAAAGUUUGGACUUCUCUCAAAUUGGCAGCGAGAUUACACUAUGGAGGACAUACUGACACAGCUGAAGAAGGAGAUGGCAAUACCACACAACCGUAAGCUGGUCCAGCCUCCUGAGGGUACCUACUUCUAGCUUCCAAGGUCAUAUAGAUAAUGGAGCAUGUUGCUUUUGCAAUAUUUUACAUAUAUAGCUUGUAAUCCGGUGUUGGUCUUCUGGGGAAUGCCCUUAAAAAGCUUCCCCGGUUAGCUCCCCAUGGCUUCAUUGACUUGUUGUCUGUCUUCUUUCGUGAAACUGUGUUGAAGGGAUGCUGUUUGAUUAAUGGGAUUUAUCUGCGUGUCAAGUAUUUAUAAACACCCACCAAGCAGUAACUUAGUUUUA